UCAUUCAUUUUCAAUUUCUUUCAAUGAUAGUUUACAAAAUUCAAACAUUUCACAAAUCUUAUUUUAUUUAGGUUAUUACAUAGUGUAUUUAGAUAGAAUAAAGAUUUUUUUGUUCAUAUAAGCAUAACAUAUUUCUUAAUACGAUGUCCGAAUCGGAUAACGGUCGUGAAUGUGUUGAUCAAGACCAAAAACACGAACACAACCCCCGUAAGAGAAUCCGGCAUCGAAAGAAACAGCUAUACGAAAAUAUAUUGAAACAAAUGGAGUUUUACUUCAGCGACGCUAAUCUUAAUAAGGAUAGGUUCCUGGGAGAUUUGGUGAAUAUAGAUCCAUAUGUGUCCCUGGACAUAUUUCUGAAGUUCAACAAAAUUCGCAGUAUGACGCAGGAUGUGAAUGAUAUUAUAAAAGCUAUGAAACAUUCCACGUUUUUAGAACUUUCAGAAGAUAAGUUAAAGGUGAAAAGGAAAACUCCCGUGUUGCCAUAUGAUGUGGACGCCAGAACUGUGUAUGUGGAGUCUAUACCAGUGACAGCGAGCAGAGAAUGGCUUGAAAGAGUGUUCUCUGACUAUGGAAAAGUUGUUUACAUUUCGCUACCAAAAUUUAAAAAUUCUCAAAAAAUCAAAGGAUAUGGAUUUGUGGAAUUCAACAAACCAGAAGAAGCUCAAAAAUGUAUACACAAGUUCACUAAAAUGGGGUGCAAACUACCAACAUGCAUGCAGCCUGAUGAACUUACUUCAAUAAAGAUGUUCUCUGUGGACGAACCUACAGAUGGUACAGAGAUUAAAGAAACUAGAGAUGAUUAUGAACCACCAAAAAAAAAAAAGAAAAAAGAUAAGAAACCGCAGAAGGGUUUGGAUUUGAAACUGGAUGAGUCUGAUGGGGAGAAGAGGGUGGAGACACCUGGUGAUGAAAAUAAAAGCAUAACAACACCAACAGAGGAAAACAAAACCAUUACUGAUGUUGAAUCAAAAGACGAAAUGACUAGCCAAGACGAAUUAAAAGAUGAUCCAGAUACGCCAAGAAAGAAAAAAAAUAGAAAACGAACAGCCAAAGAUAAGGUAAAAGGCAAAAAUGGUUUGGGCAAAAAUGAGGCACCUAAAGGGGCUCUCUGGGGACUACAGGUAUUAUCAAAGUCUGAGUGGAAAGCCUUGAGAAAUAAAUACUUGAAUUUACAAAGGAAAAAUAUGAAGAUUUUGAAGACUAACUUGAGAAAUAACAGGCAUGCAUACUCCAGCAUACCCGCUCCUGCAGCGCCUAGCGUCGAAGUUGGCCCAGCAUCUUCAUCAGAGGCUGAGAGUGGCAAAAUUAUAGCAACAGUGGAGCGGAUUCCUGGCGUGUUUGUAAAAGAGAUUCUGCCAGAACCGUGCCUCGAUGUGAGGCUUACUAAAAGGACGAUUCGAAGCAACAUACAUGCAUUACAUGUAGAUGUAAAAGAGGGACAAACGGAAGUCUUUAUAAGAUUUGAUUCUGCUAAAGCAGCAGAUGAGUACUGCUCGAACAGCGGGAACCUGUCCCGCGUGCUGUCCGGUGCGGAAGAAUCAGAGCAGUGGACGCGGCUGGAGGCGGGGCGCGCGGCGCGGAGGCCGCGGGGCCGCGCGCGCCUCGAGCGACGCCUCACCGCCGCGCCCGCCGGCAUCGCGCCCGCCUCGCCGCAGCCCACGCACACGCACAUACGCUUCGACGAGUAACCACCAUACUACAGUCACUAUUAUACUUACUGGUGGUAAAAUGUUGGCAUCCCCACGAAUAGUGAGCAUUAUAAACAAGAUUUAAGCGGCCGCGCCAUGAAAAUCAGGUUUAGCGGCGCGACAAGCAACAAAGUAAAACAAUUCCGCAUUAUCUCGUUCUGGGUCGUUCCUAUUCCCAUAUACAUCUGUCUCGCUCGCUCUUCGCGAGCGCUCAUGAGCUGUAUGAUAUGUACUUUCCCAUACAUGACGUGCUAUGAUCCUCAAAUGAUGCAAGCCUAAAAUAUUAUUUUCCUCAUCCACCACCAAGUGUCUGAUCCUUGCAAAGCCAACUGUUACAGAUCAAUAAUCUCUUAAGAAACAUAUUGCAUGUUCAUAAACCUAACACUUAGUACACUUAAUUUGUACUUUAUAAGAGUAUAGUGUAAAAUAUAUUAUGAUGUUGAAAAUAA